UACCAUAAAUGACACACGUAGGGAGACGGGCUGCAUCUGAGCGAAACACCGGCUAAACCACUUUUUUUGUUUUCGGUUUCAAUGCGGGUAGGGUUCAGACAGGUUUACCUAAACCGAACCGGGCUUAUCGAGAUUAUAGUUCUGUGGUUCUGGGAAUAAUUUACACCAGAAGGUCCCCGUUAGCGCCCUGCUUCUGUGUGCUUUUGAAAUACAUUGGUCAGUUGAGCUGACUGCGUUAGCAAUAAGCUAACUGACGGUUACCUGACUGGCCCUUGGGUUCAUCUUAAAGAUAAUAGUGUGUGAACUGCUUGCUGGCUUAGUCGUUGGCUGUACACAUAGUUAACGUACAAAGAUAAUUAUAUUUGAAUGAGUAUUCAAAUAGCUGUUUUUUUAGCUACGAACCUCAGCGUGCUAGCUUCACUGAAGUGACAUUACCUGACAAGCUGAGAGGCAGGUGGAUACUCUGCGAUAUCCCAGCUCUAGCUAGCCAGCUAAUGUCAUAUAUGUCCAGUCAGCGCACUCAGCAUUAUAGUUGACCGAGCUGACGGUGAAGUUUUGGCCGCUCAUGCCGUCUAAAAAAACCCGAGUACCGCGGAGCUGAAGGCAAGCGAGCAGCGUUGGACGUCGCUAGCUACCGUUAGCUCGCUGGCUAAGUGCAUGCCGCUCGGAUGCACGCCCGGUUGGAAACUGUGCAGGAAGGAAAGUCAGGGACGGGGACUAGAGAAAUGUCGGAGCUGAACCGAGAAGUCCGAGAAGUCGUGGAGCUGGUGUGGGGGAAGCAGUCGACUGGCGGCGGAGUGUCCGCGCCGCUUUUCCGCCGGUGGACGCAAGGGUUUGUCUUCAGUGAGACAGAGCGCAGUGCACUGGAGCAAUUUGAAGGUGGACCAUGUGCUGUCAUUGCACCUGUUCAGGCAUUCCUGCUGAAAAACAUCCUUUUCAACAUGGAGAGCUCAAACUGGAGAGAUAUCUCAGAGGAGGAGCAGCGGACUGCCCUGUGCUCUACUCUCAGUGAGAUUCUGGAGUCGGCCUGCCUCGGCAAGACACAGAACUUUUGUCUGGCCACCUGGGCCCGUGCCAAAGCCACGGAUGACAACACGGACAUCACAGACAGCCACCCAGAGCCAGAGUCCAGCCAGCCCACAGACACUCAGCAACAGUCGACUGCUUUGGCUGCUGACGAGCUUGGCUUUGAGAGGUUUCACAGCACAGUACAUAAAAGAACACUAAAAACUGUCGCCGAGCUGAAGGAGGCUAUUCUGUCACUGCAUGACACUUGGAGGAACAAGUUUGGCGUCCUGUUAUUUCUAUAUUCAGUCAUACUUACUAAGGGCAUUGAGAACAUAAAGAAUGAGAUAGAGGACACUUCAGAGCCACUCAUCGAUCCCGUGUAUGGCCACGGCAGCCAAAGCCUGAUUAACCUCUUGGUGACGGGGCGCGCUGUGUCCAAUGUCUGGGAUGGUGACAGGGAAUGUUCUGGAAUGAAGCUUCAUGGGAUUCAUGAACAGGCUUCUGUAGGAUUUCUCACACUAAUGGAGUCGCUGCGAUACUGCAAGGUUGGAUCUUUUCUCAAAUCUCCAAAGUUCCCUAUAUGGAUUCUUGGCAGCGAGACUCAUCUGUCUGUGUUCUUCACCAAGGAGAUGUCCCUGGUGGCCCCUGAGUCACCAUCAGAACAGGCCAGGAGAGUCUUCCAGACGUUUGACCCAGAAGAUAACGGGUUCAUUCCAGAUACACUGCUUGAGGACGUUAUGAAGGCUUUGGAUCUCGUCUCCGAGCCUGAGUAUGUAAAUCUGAUGAAGAACAAGUUGGAUCCUGAGGGUCUAGGAAUCAUUCUGUUGGGUCCAUUCCUGCUCGAGUUCUUCCCCGAUCAGGACUCAGGGAUUCCAGACUCAUUUCCUGUGUAUCACUAUAAUGGCCUGAAGCAGUCCAACCACAACGAAAAGGUGAGUUAUGUUGAGGGUACUGCCCUAGUCCUUGGCUUUGAAGACCCCAUGGUGCGUACGGAUGACACCCCAGUCAAGCGCUGCCUGCAGACCAAAUGGCCGUACAUCGAGCUGUUGUGGACCACAGAGAGAUCCCCUUCCCUCAAUUAGCCCCUCACCUGCUCACCUCUGGCUUUCAGGCCCCACUUCGCUUCAGGAAUGCUACACCCACCUAGUACUCCCACCUGCACUCUCUGCACUACAAUAUUAGGCCAGCACAGUGCCUGAACUAAAACCACAAGAGAGACAAUAAUACUCAAAUGAAACCGGCUGACCUGUUUGCGCCUUUUCCAUCUUUCAUGCAUUUUUUUUUAAACAAUAGGGCUUUGGUUUAAUGUUCAAAGCCCUGACGUUGAACAAAAAAUAUUAUUUUUGAAAAUUGUGUUGUUUUCGUUAUAAGAAGAACCAAAUUUUACUCCUUUUUUUUGCAGGUGUUAAUAUUUUUUUUGCUGAUUUUCUACAGUUUUUUUUUUUCCAUUUUUGUUUGUUUACUUGAUUAAAAAGAUUAAAAAGGGAGGAAAAAAGGAUUUGAUGAGGCAAGCCUAACUGAGCUGACCAAGUGAGUCAUUUAUGGAGCUGUGGGUAGAUGUUUUUUUAUUAUUAUUAUUAUUAUUUUGUUGUAGGAAUAUACAGUUAAAAAAGGGAUGCACUGAAUUCACUUGGUUCAAAUGUGUACAUAAUUUCGUCAAGUUUAAAUAUAUUAUGACUUGGUUUCGUCGAUUUACCUUUGGGAUCUUUUGUGUUGAUGUGUUUUUUCAUGUAUGAAUCAUAAGCACAUUGGAAUCAAUUACAUUUAAAGUCACUUUUUUCAGUGUAUAUUCAGUGAUGGGGGAGUCUGGGAGUCUAGAAGUCUAGUCUCCAUGUGUGGCUGACCAGCUUGGAGGCAGCCAUACUCUACAGCAUUUAUGUAACUCCGUGAAAACUGGACAGAACUUCAGUUUAGACAGGUUUAUAAAGGAAUGCACUACAACCUAAUACAGGGCAGAGGAAGACAGGAGGAUUGGGAUGAAGAGAGUGAGGGAGAGGCAGUGUUUGGUAUUUGAGCGUGGACGUGACCAAAUGCCCUCUGUUUUUUUUUUUUUUUGUUGUUUUGUUUUUUUUUUUUUGUUUUUUUGCGACAGCAGUAACCUAUUGACACCUAUUUAUUGUUCUCUGCCUGAGGCAAAAGGACGAACAAACACUUGCGCACACUAUUUAUUCCGACCCUGAUGGCUCACCAGAAUAAACACAUUUUUUUUUUCUUCA